AUGCGCCGGUCUAGACUGUCAAGACGACCCCCGACAAGCCGGGGCGAGAGAAGCCCGUGGGUGGAGGUAGUUUGGACCGUCACUCUCCUGAUCGCUGUCGCUUCAGUUGGCAAGGGUAAGCUCGUACAAAUUAACACCGCUCUUGUCUCAGGGGAAGAUAACGUCGACUGCUACACGGCGGAAGACAAAGGUGCGAGUUACAUCGGCACGGUCAACGUCACCGUCAACGGGCUGGUGUGCCAGCGGUGGGACCAGCAGGCACCCUGGACCCACCGGUGGAAUCCGUCCAAUCAUCCGGAUAAGAAUCUGGCCAGUAACUACUGCCGCAACCCUGACAACGGAUCCGGGCCCUGGUGUUACACCACCAACCCAGAUGUCAGCUUUGAGUACUGUAAUGUCUCUGUCUGUCCGAAUGUGACUACUGCCGUCCCCACAACGACCACAUUGGCGACAACGACCACAACAGCAACGACCACAACGGCAACAACAACCACAAUGCCAACAACAACCACGGCAACUACCACAACGGCGACAACGACCAAAUUGGCAACAACAACCACAUUGGCAACAACAACCAGGGCAGCAACAACGUCCCUGUCAGGAGCAACUGUCGUGACCACAGCAACAGCAGCGGCAAACUCAGGUCGAGACCUACCAGCUGCAGUCUCUCCUGCUGGAGUACGAAACCACACAACUUUGCUGUUAUUGCAACCUCUGAGAUGGACUCAACCACCUCCAGUUGCCAUGCCAACAGAUGAACGGAUACUGGACUGCAGAGAAGACACCAGCUGAAGCUGACCACGCCUGCUCCUUCUGU